AUGAAUCCACCUCAAGCACGCAUUAUUCUACCGACGAACGCGACAAGUGCUACCAAUCCUCUUGCAGCUACUACUCCAACAGCAAUUACUCGUGAUACAGUAGUACAGACAAAUCGGGAGGGUGAACCACCUGAAUAUCGUGAAAUUAAGACAACUGAACAAAUUCUUGAACCGACUUUAUUAGAAAAAGCUCCAUCAGCAAAAAUGACGACAAAGACAACUACGACAACAGUUGAAGAAGUAUCAACGAUUCCAACUUCGAGGAUAACAACAACUGUCCAAGAGAUACCGGCUUCAACAGACUACGUAUUGAAACGGGCGGACGAGUUCAAACCGUUAGCUGUGAUCUCUGAUACUACGCCCAUCAAUAGUGCUAACAAUCAAAUUGUAGGAACAACGAGUACAGGUAGUUUGACAACGCCAGGCAAAAUUGUCGGUGAUUUAGAACAAGUUGUUUCAGAACACGUGGUAACUACGGUAGCUGAACCAGUGAUAAAGAAAGUCGUCAAAACUGUAACCCACGAAACCAACGAAUAA